AACAAAUCUUUGGUUGGUAAAAAACAGAGGGUUGAAUGAAGAAAUAAUAACAAUAAAACACAAGGGUCCGGGUUCGAAAUCUGAAUGAUGCAUCAAAGUGAAGUAAGAAAGACUUAAAUAAAAGACAUGAAAAGAGUGAAAGUGAAUGGCCACUGGCCAGUCAUCUACAUUUCCGCCUAAUAAAAAGAAUCAUAGAAGAAACACAGGAGACAUACGGUCUCUUCUCUCUCUCUUUCUUGAGGUUCAGAGUUUAGAGUCGGAGGUGGGAGAAGGAAGUAGUUAGUGAGUGAGUGAGUGAGUGAAUUUAGUAAUGGCGGAGCCAAUAAUGGUACCCAGCCUCCCGGGGAAUCCAAACCCUAAUUACCAGGGCCUACCAACUGCAAGUGUUGAUCCUCCUCCUCCUCCUCCUCCUCCUCCGCCUUCAUCAGCCACAGGAGGUUCGAGGAGCCCCAUCAUAUUCAGCUUCCCGGAAAGGCCUUCGAUUCGACUCACUUCCGAGUUCGACAGCGACACGUCCGUUUUCUUCCACAAGGUCUCGUGCAAGCUGUUUGACAGCCUGGCUAAACUGAAGCUCUCCUUCCACAACAACCACAAGGGCGAGCUCUCUCCGCCCCACUUGGCACUUGUCUCCAAGCACCUCUCCAUUAACUACGACUUUGAAGAUCAAUCUACUCUCCUCAGCGGCUCCGUCGAUGUUGGUCCUCGAUUGCAACUCCGUGCUACCCAUGAUCUCAAGGCACAACAAGGAGAGGCAUCCGCGGUUGCGAAGCUUGCUGAACCUGGCUAUGCAUUUGAACUCUCUUCUCCUGUACCUUCUGUCGGUUUCCCAAAAGCUACCCUUAAAUUCCCCCUUGGUGAAGUUUCUUUGGAGGAAAAAGAAGAAGAGGAGACGAAGAGAAUGUUGUCGAUCAAUGGCAUUGUGAAAGGCCAAAUUUUGAAUGGGUUGUGCACUGCUCAUUAUGCGGAUGAGGAUUUGAAGUUGAGGUACUCAUACAAGGAUGAGGAGAUGUCUUUUAUCCCGACCUUUUCUCUGCCUUCGAAUGCAUUGUCCUUUGCUUUUAAGCGUCGGUUUAGUCCUUCAGACAAGUUGAGCUACUGGUACAAUUUUGAUUCCAACUACUGGAGUGCGGUAUACAAGCACACAUAUGGCAAGGACUUGAAACUUAAAGCUGGUUAUGAUUCAGAGGUGCGCCUAGGCUGGGCAUCUCUUUGGGUUGGAGAUGAAGAUGGCAAAGCAAGGACAGCCCCAAUGAAGAUGAAGCUUCAAUUCAUGCUCCAAGUGCCACAAGAUGACAUUCGAUCAUCAACUUUGAUGUUCCGGGUUAAAAAGAGAUGGGACAUAUAGUCUCUGGUUGGUUGUGGGAUCAUGGGAUCAUGCUAUCCUUUUAUACACUUUCAACUCGGGUUCUAAUGCUUAUUGCUGUAUAAUGGCAUCAAUUGUUUUGUAUUUGACCAGUUGAAAAAAUAUUUUGAUAUUUAGCAGGUGACAAGCAAGCAGUCCAAACGGAAACAUAUUAAACCACACAAAGAAGUCGUUUCUCUGAAAUGAAACAAAAAUAAAGAAAAUGCGGUCCUCCCUCCUCCUGAAUUCCACUGCUCCUUCCUUGCCUCCAAACUAGUUGGUUGUGGCUACUAAUUUUUUCCCAAAAGAAAAAUAUGCCUUGGAUUUAGUCUGCAUUUGAUUUACGUACGAAUAAAAUUUGAGAGGUGAGAAGUGAGGUUGCUGGAUCAGAUACUAAAGAACAAAAAGCUGUGGGAGGGAGGGAUGAAAGCAAGUAGCUUUCUAUAUUUUUUGUCAUAAACUGCUUGCUUGUGGUCCCUGUUUGUCUGUUAUGCUGUACAAACAGCCAGCUGAUGCUGAUGCUGAUGGCAAUGGUAUGCGUCGCGUGGUAGAUCGAUCCAAUGUUUCAUGAAAA